AUGAAGACUUACCAACUUGUCCUUAGUGUUCUUUUCUCGUCACUGUCAAAUUUAGUCAUUGGCCAUGUAUUAUCCUCUACCACUUUUAAGGAACUAUGGCUCAACUUGUUCUCCAUGUUUACCUCUCAUUCCCAAGCUAAAGAGUUUCAGGUGAAAUUCCAGCUUACCAAUCUCUCACGAGGAGAUCAGUCCAUCACAGAUUAUUAUGGCAAAGUCCUUUCACUAGCAGACACCUUAUCAUCUAUUGGAAACCCACUUCCUGAUAAGGAGUUUAUCUCCUAUGUCCUUAAUGGUCUUGGCCCUGCGUAUGAGCCCCUUGUCACGUCAAUCACCACUCAGUUUGAACCCAUCUCCUCCCAUGAACUAUAUCAAAUUCUGCUUAUCCAUGAAAGCCGAAUGCAACACACCUCUAAAAACACCUUUGAGCCCUCUAUAAAUUAUAGUGCUAGGGGAGGUUGUGACCAACGUGGAAGGUCUUUCUUGCGUGGUGGCAGACAAGGCAAAGGGUGUGGUCGGUCCUCUGGUCGUAGUGGUCGUUAUUCACCUGGGUCCUCUGUGACAUUUUAG